GACGCAGAUCCGUGCAGACACAGAUCCCGUGUGUCCGAGCAGGACGCAGAUCCGUGCAGACACAGAUCCCGAGUGUCCGUGCAGGACGCAGAUCCGUGCAGACACAGAUCCCGUGUGUCCGAGCAGGAUGCAGGUCCGGGAGCCCGUGAUCAACGACGAGCUGCCCGGGCGCAUCAUCACGGGCAAAGUGCGCAUCAUCCGCCCCGGCGUGCGGGAGGUGCGGGCGCACGCGGUCCUGUUCCGCGACGCGGCCCCGGAGGAGCCCGUGGACAUCAUCGUCUUCGCCACCGGCUACUCCUUCGCCUUCCCCUUCCUGGACGAGGCGGUGCUGCGCGUGGAGGCCGGCCAGGCCUCCCUGUACCAGUACGUCUUCCCGCCGCACCUGGCGCGGCCCACGCUGGCCGUCAUCAGCCUCAUCAAGCCCUUCGGGUCCAUGGUCCCCACGGCCGAGACCCAAGCGCGCUGGGCAGCCCGCGUCCUCAAGGGUGUGACCAAGCUGCCGCCCUCGGACGUCAUGAUGGAGUCGGUGAGAGUCAGGAAGCUGAACAAGCCCACGGGGUUCGGCUUCUCCUUCUGCAAAGCGCUGCAGUCCGACUACAUCCCCUACAUCGACGAGCUCCUGGAGGCCAUCGGGGCCAAGCCCAGGCUGCUCACCCUGCUGCUGACCGACCCCCGCCUGGCCUGCGCCGUCUUCUUCGGCCCCUACACCCCGUACCAGUUCCGCCUGACGGGCCCGGGCAAGUGGGCAGGGGCCAGGAACGCCAUCCUGACCCAGUGGGAGCGGACGGUGAAGGUGACCAGGACGCGCGUGGUGCCAGAGGGCCCCUCGCCCGUGGCCGGCUUCCUCGGGCUCGUGGGCGCGCUGGUGCUGCUCCUGGCCCUGUGCCUGUUCUUCCUGUAAAGCCGAGAGGAAGCUAAGAGGAGGAUCCCACACAUCCCACUUCUCUCCUCUCCUUCACCAGGGAAAACUCCAAUCCAGGGGCUGGAAUAAUAGAGACGCAGGGGGGAGCGUUUUGCCUUUCAGAGGCUGACCCGGGUUCGAUCCCCAGCAUCCCUUAGAAUCACUGCCAGGGGGCCUGGAGCGAUAGCCCGGCGGGGAAGGCGUUUGUCUUGCACGCGGCCGACCUGGGUUCGAUCCCCGGCAUCCCAUAGGGUCCCCCGAGCACCGCCAGGAGUGAUUCCUGAGUGCAGAGCCAGGAGUCAGCCCUGAGCAUCGCAGGGUCUGAUCCAAAAAGCAAAAAAUAAAAAUUAAAAAUAAGAAUCAUUGCCAGGAGGAAUCCCUGCAUCUCUGGGGGUGACCCGAAAACAAAAAGGAAAUUCUCGAAUGCACAGAGUGUGAUCGGCCCUUUCCCCCUUCCGGGGGACUCCCUAGCGUGACCUUCUAUUCUCCAGUGGGACCCCUGGGCUUCUCUCAGCCCCCCUGGUUUAUUUCAAAGCCUGAAAGAUGAUCCCCAAGAAAUCUGUGAGUGGAAAGGCCUCUGGAAGCUUCCAGAAUGAAAGUCUUGCCAGAGGGCUGUCCAAACAACAGCACCCACCCCACCCACCCAACCCCCAUGAACUGACUUUAUCGCUCUCUGCAAACACUCGUUCGUGGAAUGGUGAUCUCGCGGUAUCUGCCAAUCAGAAAUAAAAUAA